UGUGAUCUGGUCUGAGGAGCAGCAGUGAUGGCGGGUCGUGGUCGUGGUCGGAGGACGAUGAGUUUCAGUGUGGAUGCUGUCGGCAUCAACAGAGGAGACAGUUUACCUCCAUCCAUGCAGCAGCCUACACCUCCGUUCCCUGUGAUGGAGCAGAAGCCCCUCCCACUGGCAGGUGGGGAGGAGGCGGAGUAUCUGUUAGCUCUCAAACAGGAAUUCAGAGGAGCCAUGAGGAGUCUGCCCUGCUUCAUCCAACCCGCCGCUGCACACAGAGAUGUGGAGAGGUACUCGGAUAAAUAUCACAGCAGCGAGCAGACAGACAGUCUUCUGGACUGGACUCCAGACUGGAAGAGAUUCCCCAGAGAACUCCGAGUCCGCGUCAGGAAACCUCGCAGAGACGGCGUCUCGGUGGCGGUCAGUCGGUCCGACGGAGUUCCGUCGGGUCAGAAGAAGAAACGGGUGAAAGAAAAAGAGGAGGUGCUGCUCAAACUGGAGACUCUGGAAAAGAAGGAGGAGCAGGAGAGUUCAGAGGAGGAGGAGGGAGAGGAGAAAAAGAAACAGGAGGAGGAGGAGGCCGAGGGAGAGGAGGAGUACGACGAGGAAGAGUUUGAGGAGGAGACGGACUACAUCAUGUCGUACUUCGAUAACGGAGAGGACUUCGGAGGAGACAGUGACGACAACAUGGACGAGGCUAUUUACUGAAACACCAGCAUCACGCACACUGAACACUAUGUGGACAAAUCCCAUUUUUAUUCUGCAGCGUUUUGUCACUUUUUACUGCAGCUAUGUGUUUAUAAUGACGUGUGAUCAGGUUUGUGUUCAUGUACUGAUCUCUGCAGACGAACCGUCCAGCAGCUGUUUUACAUUCGGUUUUAGACGGACCAAAUCCACGUGGAGACUGUGUCAUUAGUGAAGAGGAUUCGGCGGAAAUCCUCAGGUAGACGGAGUUUAACCAGCACUGAUGUAUCUUUGGACCGCUGCCGCUUCUUUGAAAUGUUUUUAAGCUUUUGUACCAGCGUUUUUAUCGUCGUUCGGAAGUGUUUGUUCCUGAAAAAACUGAGUAACGUCUGUGAGCGUUCGGUUUGGCCGGUGGACAAACAAACGGCAGCUACACGAGGAGUUAAAGAUGGGUUUGUAAUAACCUGAUUUAGUAACUGAUCCAGACUGCCUGUAGCUGGAGGACUCGACUCGCACUGUCUGUCUGUGUGAGGUUUUCCCACAGAGCCCGGAGAUGUUAAACGGCCUGAUCAUUUAGCACAGUCUGUCGAUCGAUCAAAAUCAAUCAAUCAAAUAAAAAAUAAUCAAACCGAAUACAACAGAAAAGAAUUACUGCAGGUGCUGCAUUUCUGAAGUAGAAAGUGUUUGCAUAUGUUGUUGAGUAUCAUUUCUGUAAAAUGUUAAAACAUGACUUUUGUAAGUUUACUCUUGAAUGUGAACCAUCGGGUUAAUAAUAAACAGUAGCAGAGUUUA